AUGUCCCUUCACCAAGAGCAUUAUCCGCCAGAUAUCGCAGAGGUACAUUCUGUAUCUUCACCGACAUCGUCAGGAUCAAGGGAACAUUAUCAGCCCAACAUAUACGACGAGGCCAACGUCACAGAAUUUCCUUUUCCACCGCCGAGGAAUCAUCGUGGCGUCGGUUUACGCCACUCCCGCUCCCAUUUACUCAAGCACGAGAGUAAUGAUAAAGAGACUCAGAGCAGACCUCGUCGCUCAAGUUCUCAUUCGCGCCAUUCUUCACGCUCAAUUUCGGCACAUCUGAUCCUCACCAACGAACGUCUGACCCAAGCCAAUGCCAGAAAUAUCGCCCUUGAAACGCAGAAGGAAGAGCUUUUGGUUCGUUUCGUAGCAUUAGCCAAAGACAAGGCUUCAGUUGAGGCUGAUUUGCGGACAACACAAGAGAGCCUUCAGCUGUAUCAAGCACAAUUGGAGUUGGCUCAAAAAGAAGUGAAUCGAGCGACUGAUGUGGUCCGUAAAGUUGAUCAAGCACGGGUCCAAGCUGAGAAUGAGGUUGCUCGCCUGAGAAGUAGAGUCAGACAAUUAGAAACGGAGAAGAGUACACGCCGAGGCUGGGAGGAAGGCUGGGACAUCGGAUUCCAGGAAGGGAUAGAACGUGCCCAGGCUGAAACGAGUUUGAUGGACCGUUUCGUGCCCAGGCGAAGGAGAUCUUCCACGCGGAUGCGAGAUGGCGAAACAGAUGAUGGAGGGGGUGAAGCCGAUGAUUCCACAGCUUCGUCCUCGCUUAUUAGCACAAGAAAUCGCAAGCCUUUCAUCCCGGAAGAUGACUCUUAUGUGGUGUCUCCGGUAUCGUCUGGUGCUCAGCCAGCACAGCAGUCGCCCUUACUUAGCCGCACUCGUCAACGCGCUCGAUCAAUUGCAUCCAGGUUGAGAUCUCGCUCUCCCCCUUCUUCAGAGCCUCAUCCAUCGCGACCUCAAUCCAGAUCAUCCCGCGCUCAGACGUACGUAUCUUCAACUAACCAAUCUCAGACCAGCUCGCCAGAGGUGAUCCAUCCUCUACCUAUUCCAAGGCCGCCUUCGAGUUUGUCACAUCACUCUCUUGUUCCACCGGAUAACUACAUACCAACGAUGACCCCUACGGACCAUUUUAUUCCUAUGCCUCCUCCACAUGAGCUCAGUAAUCCAGUUCCGUCAGCCACGCAGGCUCCAUCAGAGCCAGACACUGUACGAGAACAAUUUGCAAAUCAAAGAGAACUGGGACGAAAUUCAUGGAGAAGCAGAGCUGCUUCUACAGGCUCGAGGGCUUCAACAAGAAUUUCGGAGUACGAUCUGGUCAGUCCACCUACUCGUGAGCGAGCGGAAGCUCCGCAACCCCCACCCAAUUUCGAUGUCGACAGAGGAUCAAGUCCAACAGGAGAUACAGGUUCAAGGCGAAUGGUGGAAGAAUGGAGGGAUAUAGUGACAACUCCACCUCCAAACAGAGGUGAACCCGACGGUGAAAAUCGUCCUGAACCUGAGUUUCUUCGAACCCCACCUCAAGCACGAUCAUCUAAUACUCCAGGGCGGUCCCGCAGUCCUCGUGUUUCGGGUGGUCCUCGAAAACGCAAAAUUAUAUUGCAGCCAACGCCGUUAUCGGUAGAAUCACUUUCACAAAUGAACCCCCAGGGCUCCUCUGGUGUUCAGCACACUCAGACUGAAGGCCCUGCAGAUAGAGAACCUCAACCUAUAGCAUCCCCCCCGCGGCAUCCUCGCACUGAACAGCUCCAACAACAGGCUCAUGUACAAUCUGGAACAUCUAGUUCAGAUUCAUCCCCUCCGGCGGGAACUGCACGUACCAAAACGCCCGUCGCUUGGUUCAAAAGGCAUUUUCAGCGAUCAUAUUCUAGCCCGGUCAUUCCAAACAUUCAGAUAGAGCCUCCGUCUCAAACCCCGACCACUACCUCCUCGAAUGAUAGUUCUAGAUUGAAUCCUGUGUUGCUUUCACCUGAGGACGCAAACCGACCUAUUGCGCUUCCCAAUGAUGUGAUUGCUGAAGCUACACGGGGCGUUGCCAUAUUACCGUCAUCUACACCAGUACCCAAUGCUCCUAUUACCAUAAGAUUACCGGAUGGAGAGCUCCCAUUAGGGUUUGUACCAACGACACCUAUGAUGGCUUACGCCACUCAAGAAAGAUACGAUUCGCAUUCUGCGUUUUCACCAAUACCUGAUAAUUAUAGCCUUCCGGAUCCGUUCCGAGGCGAUUCACCACAGAGACCGUCUACUGCAGCUUCAGAUUCUAUGGGGAAGGAUACGCGAAGUCCAAGAUCGAGAGCAAUGACUCUUGGGGGGCAUUGGGGAUGGGCAUCUCCUGAUUCUGCAAGACUUAGUCGACCACUAUCUUUGUUUUCUGAUGACUGA